GUCUUUGAUUUGUAGAAACUGUGUAGUUUUCCUUAUUCAAGUUUGGCGUUUAUGAAAAUUUUUCGUGAAUGGAGAAUAUAGCAAAUAUUGCAUCAAAAUGAGCGAUACAAGUAUACAAGUAAAAAUUUAUAAAACAGAUAAAUGUAUUUAUGAAAAUAAUAAUAAUGUAGUGUUAAAUGCAAAUAAUUUGAAUAGCUUAAUUUCUUGUUUGAAAAAUACGCAAAUUGAAAUCAACGAUUUUUUAACUAGUCUUAUUAAAAAUCAAAAUAGUUCUGAUAAUAGAGAAAAUCAGCUAGUGUCGGAAAGCGAUUCGGAUUUUGAAGACGAGAUUCAAGUUAACCCUAAGAAAUCUAAACUAACGGAUUAAAAAUUAAUACAAAUAUUUCAUAAUUACAAAAUUUGUAUAGUAUUUAAAUAUUACAUUUUAACAUUAAAAAUUCUAUAUUUUAGUAUCAUUAUGUAUUUGUGUAUUUAUAAAUAAGAAUUUGUGAUGGUUAGAAAUAAUAAAUCGAAAAUAAGUGAAGAAAGUAUCGUUAAUAACAAAAAAAAGAACAUGUCUACCAUGCUCUCAAAUGAAGCUCAACUGCGCUAUGUAAUAGAAUGGUUUCAAGAAUGGUCUGAAAUGCAAAGAAAUGAUUUUUUGGAUAUACUUUUGGAACAAUGUGGACCUUCAGGUCUUGUUAAUGGAUUAGUAUCUAAAAUGGAAAGUUUAGGACAUACAAAUGAGUCUGAUAGACCACCAAGUUUAUUUCAAUGUCGUGUAAAAUUAUUUCGAGAAUGGAGUCAUAAUUGGUCUCAACAAGAAAAAGAUUAUUUACUUUUAUCAAUAAAAAAUACUGAUGCUGUAUUUGCAGAAAAAUAUGAUGAAAAAUUAUCAACAUUGGUAUGUGAAGAAGAAAAAUCAUAAACAAAUAUCCAAAAAUA